CCCACCUUCUGACUUCUUUGUAUGUCUUCUGAGAAACCAAAGCCCAUGAUACACCUAAAGAAAUACUUCACAGAGGGCCUCAUCCAGGUGGCCAUCCUGCUGAGUCUCUGUGGAGUGAGGGUCGAUGUGGGACUGGAGCCCUAUCUGCCUCCCUGCUGGCAUGAGAUGAUCCUGGGUCCAAACUUGGCAAUGACCCAGACGCAGUUCCACAACCUCUGGAACUGCCUGGAGGAUGGCUAUAACCUGCAACCAAAGAAUGUGGACCUGGAUGGAUUUUUCACAGCACGAAGGCUGCUAGGCUGGGUCCGCUCUCUGGACAGAGUACAGGUUCCUCAUGCAGAACUAGAGACAUGGCUGGUCCAGAGGGAUCCAGAACCUCUCCCCAUGGAAUGUCCAGACCAGCGCUCCCUGCUGGAGAGAGCUCCUGCUGGGGUAGAGAGAGACCGAAGUGGUCUGUCUGUGGAGCCCAGAGCUGGACUUGAAACCUUGCAAGAAGAAGUGGAGGUGGAUGAUAAAGAGGAAGAAACACAUCAAAUACUUCAUCACGAUGUUGUUCUGGAUGAGAGAGGAGAGGAAGAGGAGGACGAAGAGGAAGAAAUUGCCAGGUUGCAUAGGUAUUACAGAAGGACAGAGAGAAGAGGAACACCAAGAGGUUCCUACAGCCAUGCUAACAGCAGAGAGUUGACUCAGAAUGAAGUAAACCAGACUUCUUUCUCCCUCCAGGAGUGUUUGAGGCUGUUGGAGGAAACCUCUCUGUUUACAGAGGAACAACAGUUAAGGGAUGUUGGUGGUACAAGGGGAGACCUGGAAAGUCCCCCACUAGGCAGGGAGCCCCUGCUGUCCCCCAUCAUCCCCACUGUUAACCCUUCCUUGGACCUGGAGCUUCACUGGCAAGACCUGUUCGCUAUCAUGGAACCUGAGAACACAGAUAUUGACAUGAUGACAUCAUUUGACCACGCCUUAGACUCAAGACCAUCUGGGAUCCUCUGGGGGGUUGGGUCUGAAACUCUGCACCAAAACUGUAACAACCCUGACAACGGCAUUACAGAUGUUGAUCAGGAGGUCCGGCAAAUGGACACUUCCCUGCAGCAUGGUUUGUUGUGGUCUCUAAGCCAGUCGGAACUAGAGCCAUCCCUGCUUCCACUCACCCCCAGUGGAGAGUUGGAUGACCACAGUUCAGUCUUUAACACAAUGGACAAUGAGUCUGCCUUGCACAGUCCUCCAGAUCACAUGGAUCUCUUGGGAGAGGAUCCUUCAGACGAUUUCUGCAUGGGACAAAAUGCAGAAGAUAACUCGAGUACCUUGAACAUAAACCUGCUAGCAAAAGAUUGUGUGGAUAACAUGGAAGGCAGUCCAUGUUCACAGUAUGCCCUCUGCCCUGAGGAACUCGCUAGCUUUGAUGUUAACUUUCAUUUAUGUGAUUUAAAGCCUUCCUAUUCUCCCACAUCUCUGGAGGGGAUUGAUAUAACCCAAGACCUUCUGACAUCUCCUUCUGGUGUUUUUCUGGUCGAUGAGGAAGAUGUUGGGGAUGAAGAUGGUCUCCCUAGCCCACUUAGUGAUCUCCUAGAGGAUGCUGCCAUCUUGGAUGAGAUGAGAUUGUUGGAUCUGGCUCUGGAGGAAGGAUUCAGUCCAGAGAUGGCAGCCAGGCUAGAAGAGGAGGGCUACCUGGACUAUAACAUAGCCAAACAGGACACUGGCAGAGAUAAUGACCACUCAGUUUCUAAUAUGGCAGUCAUAGAAGAUCAGAGUGAACCAGGAAGACAUCAGCAAGACGGUGAGGAUGAGGCAGACUCCGACUCUGGUCUUUCCUUGGACUUCAGCCACAGCCCUGCUUCUCCAUCUGCUUCAGAGGCUUCCUAUUAUUCCUCUUCCUCCUCCUCUUCAUUAACCUCCUCUUCAUCUUGUGUGUCAGCUGUGAAAAGUCCCUUGUACGAAGACAAGGACGAAGAUGCUGAGGAAGGGUUAGUUGGUUCAGACAUGGAAGUGGAGCUGACCGUAAAGCAGGAGGAGCUGGAAGAGGAGGAGAUGGGGGCAGUAGGAGGAGGGUAUCCUGAAGAUGUUAAGAAAAUCUUCCCUACCAACUAUGGGGAUCACAAGCUGUUAAAUGGUUUUCCUUGGCUGGAGCAUAUUGACCAUGAUCACACAUACAACCAGCCAUGGCCCUCUGCCUCCUCUCCACCCCCGGGCAAGGUGCCCACCAAACACAAAAAAUCUUCCCUGCGACAUCACAACCCCAGGCAUUACCAGCGCUCUUCUUCCCGAUUUAUCUCUCAGACCAAGAUGUGGAGCCGAGAUGAACGGCGUGCACGAGCCCUGAAGAUCCCUUUCUCCAAUGAGCUGAUUGUUAAUCUGCCAGUGGAGGGGUUUAAUGACUUACUGAAAAAUUAUAAACUCAAUGAGGAGCAGCUUACUCUCGUCAGGGACAUACGACGCCGUGGUAAGAACAAGGUAGCUGCCCAGAACUGCAGAAAAAGGAAACUGGAUGUACUGCUGGGACUGGACGAUGAUAUAUCUGGUUUGAGGCGCCAUCGUUUGAGGCUGCUCCGAGAGAAACAAGAUAACCUGAGGAAUCUGCAGGAAAUGAAACGCCGAUUGGGUAUCUUGUACCAGCAAGUCUUUUCCAGGCUAAGGGAUGAAGACGGAAGGCCGCUUGACACAACAGAGUACCUGCUUCAUUUUGGGCCCAAUGAUAGUUUCAUGGUGGCUUCACGCCAACAAGGGACAUGUCUGCCACUAAUAGGAGAAAAAACAAGCAAAAAACAGAGGAACAAAAAGAAGUGAGGAGGUGGAAAAGCCAAGAAUAUUCUCAGAGUUUUGGACAUUAGAAAAUGUGAGUAUAGAGAUUCCUUAAGAGGAAUGGUGUGGUGGUGAAUGAAAGAACACAGGGAUUUUUUUUUAUCUCUUGUCAAAGGAAGAUGCUGAAAGACGCUAUUAAAUCCUCCAAGCAGAAAUCCCUGACAGUGAUUUUUUUUAAAAAGAAUUGGUGGAUGGCUGGAUAGCAAAUCAAGACAGAAGAAAGAGGAGUACGGAGUAGACAGAGGGUGUGAUUAUACUGAAGAUGUUGAUAAGACAACCUUUACUUAAACAUUUUAUACACUGGAAAAGGGCUUGAAUCCAACUCUUGUUGAGUUUAAGCAACACCGAGGUAAAUCAAGGCUGCUAGUACGUAUUGGAAUUAAAACACGAGAUGAUAGAUGACCUGGGACCAGCAUUUAAAGUAAAAGUUCUAUGCCUAGGCAAAUCAUACUUUCUCUUACAUCAGCUGCCUAAGAGACUUAAGAAUAUUAAGUUGAACAAACCAGCAGGCUGAUAGCAGGCUGGACCCUGGCUGUCAGCCAAUUCAGCCAAUGGUAGACCGAACUCUGAGCCACCAAAGAAAGGUUGCUGGUACCACUUAACUGACAGACAGCUGAAAAAAGUUAAACACUUUCUCUAUAUAAGCUAUAUAAAAAUGUGGCAGCACUUGUAAGUAGAAUGUAAAAUUGGUCUCUUUAGAGUAUUUGUUAGUUAUACUAAUAAAAAGAUAAAAAAAAUAAUACCAGUGAUAUAAGUCAUGGUGGAUAUAUGGUCUUUGAAAUAGGGGCUGAUGAUAUUUCAUCGUGCAUCAUGUGAUUCAGCCGUGAACAUGGAAAGUGAUGGGAAUAAGAGUGUGAAGAACUUGUUGGACAGGGCACUUGGAGCAUUAUCCUUUUUCACACCUGUGCAAACCUGGCCACUCACUGCAGAAAGUGGGCAUAGCAUGGUACUGUCAACUGUACCAAUAUUUAACGUUUUGUGGAGUUGGUAAUGGCAGACUGAGCUGACAGGAAAAAAAAAACAUUAGUUUGGUAUACACUGAUUAAAUGACUAAGUAAUGACUCCUUUUACCCAUAAGUGGUGCUUGCACCCCCCCCCCCCGUAAACUGGAAGCAUGAUACAGUGGGUUUUUAACCUGUGCCUUAUAAUGUUUUUAUGUUUUUAUAUAUUUAUAACACAGCCAAGUCUGUGAAGCUGUGGAAAUCAUUUCGUCUUUUUCAAACAAGAUGGUGGGAAUCUGUGUUCCAAAUGUAGCUAAAGGGUAGCCCUGCCAUCAGCUAAAUUCAAAAGAGGACUGAAACCUGCUGUCACUCUUGGCAGGUCUGUAAUACAUGGGAUACAUAUAGUCAACAACUGAGUUCAGUUGUUUGGCUAAUAAUGUUCUAAGAUUGAUGGGUAUGGAAAUGUAUGUCACAUCACGAACAUACAUAUGAAUGCAUCUUUCAUUGAAGAAAGGACAAUAUAAAUGACAGAUUUGGCCAGACAGGUAACUCCACAUUCUAAAAUUUCUCCAAAAUCACAGCUAGUUUGUGAAAUGCUUUAAGUUAGCAUGUCACCCUCUAGUGGUUGUGCACAAAGCUGAGUAAGACAGAACUCCAUAGAGAUUCUGAUUAAAUUACUAGUACAAGAUAUUGGGAGCAUUUUCACCUAUUGAUGCUAACAUUUUUUACCCAAAUGUACAGUAUUCUAAAUUGUAGUUGAGAAAUUCUUCUAUUCAAAAAGUAGUAGGUGAGGUGACGUUAUGUUUCUAAUAAUAAGUAAAUUUAUAAUUUCUCAGGAAUGAGCACAGCCAGAAGAACAUGCUAGUAUGUAUUCAGAACAUAUUUUGAAUUUGUAAUACAAUAAUUCAAUUUGGUUUUUUUUGCUGGAUUCUUUUUAGGCAAAAAACUGUCAGGUGUAGGUGUAGGUAUAUGCAAACUUCUGUAUGCAUACACCUAUGCCCCUUGUAUCAGAAAGACGUACAAUGGAAUGAAAUGAAUUUACACCACAAUCCCGUCUUUCAAAUUUAUGAAGACAGUGUGUGAACUUUUUAACCUGCAUGCAUGCCUAUCACUACCACUGAUGUAACAAGCUUUUAUUUGUUUUUGUUGUGGUUGUUUUUAAGAGUUUACUUUUUGUGAAUGCCCAAUGUACUUGCUGGUAUUCAAGGACUUUGGACCUCAUCUUUUGUACUAUUAAAAACUUCU